GAGUUUAAGAAUCUCUGGAUUAGCAACAUUCCUAAGACGACUAAAGCCGUUGAUCUUAAGGCACUUUUCAGCAAAUAUGGAAAGGUUGUUACUGCAACCGUAGUGAUGAACACCAGGACGCCACGCGGAUGCUUUGGUUUAUUGAAGAUGGCUACCAUUGAUGAUGCUAAUUGUUGUAUUGCUAAACUUAAUGGAGCACAAUUCAAUGGAACGGAACUAAAGGUAGAGGCAACAAAGAAAGAUUUGCCAGCAAGAUCAUCUAAGAAGGAAACGAAGCCUCUUCUUGCUUCGCGUUCAAGACGUUCUUUUCGACCAUUUUCGCGCGUGGAGCAGAUCCGGGGAGGUAUGUUGAUCUUGGCUUGUGCGGUGUAA